UUUCUGACGACAUCAAUUGCCUCGACAAGAGAAGCAGAUUCAAGGGUCCGAUACAAUAAUACCUUAAAUACUUAUGCAUAAUCAACGUUGAUUCCAAAUCAUCCCCUUUCCAUCUUUUCAUGAUUCCAUCUCAUGUAAAUUCGUUAUAAUUAAAAUAGUAUAUAUAGACAUACAGCACCUUUUCAACAGAGAGGUAAUGCGAUUACCUCCGUUCUCCAACUUGCUCCGUACUUUCCAUUCCUUCUCUUACUACGCUAGAGUGCGUCCUUCAGCUCAACAAUCACUAUCGCGCAACCCAUCGACGUUAAAGUCUAUGUCGAUUAUACCAUUCUUCGGUAGUUUAUUUGGAUCAAGUUCAAACCAACCUAGCACCAUGUCGUAUCCAGACCAGAGAUCCAGCGAUGAGUGGCGUGCCGUUCUCACUAAAGAACAAUUUAGAAUUCUCAGGGAAAAGGGUACCGAGGCCCCAGGGUCUGGCAAAUAUGAUAAAUUCUUUUCUGAUGCUGGCGUUUAUACAUGUGCGGGUUGUAACACGCCAUUGUACAAGGCAAACCAUAAGUUCAAGUCUGGCUGUGGAUGGCCAGCUUACUUUGAUAGUAUUCCUGGCGCUGUCACAAGGCAUGAGGAUAAUACUUGGGGUAUGGCAAGGACCGAGAUAUGCUGUGCCAACUGCGGUGGCCACCUGGGCCACGUUUUUAAGGGCGAGGGGUACGCUACACCAACUGACGAGAGGCACUGUGUCAACAGUAUCAGCUUGAACUUCUCACCCGAAGAUAAGCCAGCGGAAACCAAGUAAACAGAAUGGUGGAAAAGCAUCAGGUUCGAGGCCCUGGUGUUGUAUGAAUAACACUUGUUUUGUAUCCAUACUGUUUAGUGAGUCGGGUAGGCGAAAGUAUGAGGGGUGAAUGGGGUUGUUGAAUAGGACAUUUUAUCAACGUCGCCGCUCGAGCGACCUGAGCUUACCUAUAUUUGCAGAUAAUAUCGUUUGUGGCAUUAAAAACUUAACAAUAUCUGCAAGUCAACUGCUC